AACUCAAACAUGCACGAAAUUUACAGGAAACUGCACAGACGUGUGAUCACAUUUCUGGUGAAGUGAAAAAGUAAACACCGCUACAGCUAAUUCAAGUGGCAGGAGUAUAAAAGAUGUCUCAGAAGGUAUUCUUCAUUAAACUGCUGUUGGUGCAUUACGCAACCCAGAGUCCAUCAGAAACUCGUGCAAACUGUAAUGAAGAUGUCCCACUGCAGUGUCCCGGUGUUGAUAUUGACAGCAUGAAUUUCCUGUCAGUGACAUGGUACAAGUUCAACAACCAUAAAAAACAUGGCAUUAUCAGGAGAGGUAAAGGUGUUGAAGCCACGCAGCACUACAACUUCACUCGGCCGGCCAGGUUUGGAGAGAACUACAGUCUGUUGCUCCCCAGUGUGACUCCUGAAGACUCGGGCAGCUAUGAAUGUGCCAUCAGUGCAAAUGUAGGUGGUCGGAAUAUGAAUCUCAAAGUCGACCUGAUUGUUGAUGCGUGUGCGACCCAGACACACCUGACGACAACCACAAACCCAGUGAACACAACACACUCCAACCUGCACUGUGACAAACAGGUUGAGAACUUGCCAGUCUUGUGGAGCAUUAUGGGUUAUGCUGCAGUGGGCCUCAUCAAAAUCAUUUUAUCUCUGUUCAGCAUUUGGGUUAUUCGAGCUGUUCGUGUCAGGUCUUCAAGACGGCGGCAGCAAUACUGAUCAACCGCUCACAGAAAAUGCUAACAUCCUGACACCACAGACACCAAUAAAAAUUAUUUCAACAAACUUAGACAUGUUUUGUAACUAUGACCUCUCUAGCUGAGUGUGGUUCUGUUUGAAGAAGUGAAACUACAACCAUGUCAGGAGGUUGCUUUCAUUCUCCUCAGUCUGUACUGACUUCCACGAGACCGGCCUGGGGGCCAAUCACUGAAAAGACAAUUGUGUUUGCUUAAUUUGUGAAGAGACGGUUGCCUUGUUUGAGGCUUUCAACGUAAAGAGACUAAACAUGCUAACACCUACGGGGAGUGACCGCGCAGAAAAGGUGAAGCAACUCCAAGCUGCUCUGGCAUCACAACAACGAUUCUGUGAGUCGAAGGAAAAUACCACCAAGGCAAGCUACGAAGUGGCCAUUUUAAUAGCUAAACAUCACAAACCUUUUACUGAAAGUGCAUUUGUCAAAGCCUGUGUCAUGAAAAUGGUGGAGAACAUUUGCAGGAGUUUAUGAAUGUUUGCCUGGUAACGCUGUGGAGAGUUGAGAACAUAUUGUCAGAUAUUCAAAGACAACUGGGGGACAGUGAAGUGGCUUUUGAUUGUUUCUCAUUAAUCUGCGAUGAAAGCAUCGAUGUAUCUCACACUGCACAGCUACUGAUUUUCUUAAGAGUUGACGACAACAUGAACGUAACAGAGGAGCUGGUUGACCUCCAACGUCUCAAAGGCCAAACCAGAGGAACAAAUUUAUUUGUUUCUGUUUGUGGAGCAGCCACUGCCCUCAAACCACACCUGGCCUCUUUAUCUAGAUCUCAGUAUCACCCUUCUUUCAAUCUGAAAUUGAGUGUUUUGAACGGUAACAUUUGUCAUUAUUAACAGUGAAAAGCCAAAAGCACACUUGUGCACUUGGACUUAUGCCACUUAUUUUAUUAAACUCUUGAAUAAGAUUUAAUUAUAACUGUUGAUGUUAUGUACAUGCAGAUGUGACACACACUAUUACUUUCUAAAAGAUCUUGUUAAAGAUGAUUAAAAUUCACUUGCUUUAAACUUUAAUGAUAACAGACAACUUUGCAUUACUUAUCACCCCUGUUUAAAAUGGUCAUGAGGCCAAGAUAUUUAUCAAACUCAUGAAAUUUUAAGGUAUUCCAUACAGUUUGUUCAAUGUUAUCUGACUCUCCAGAUAUGAAUGAAAGGCAGAAUUGUGUUUUUAGAGUUGUUCACAUCUGUCUGAGUGGCUUAUAUUUGGUUACAUAGUCAAUUGUGACAAUGAAAAUUAUUUUAUAACAGUGUAUAUUUACACGUAACUCUUGUGGUUUAAAAAAAUGUCAGAAGGAACUAUUGACCCCAGGGCAUUUUUGCUUUAUCAAAUCUGUCCCUCUUUGGAAAAAGUUUAAACAUCCCCCCAUUAGAUGAAU